CCCUCAAAUCCCUGGGCAGGGCGAGCCCUUCAUAAAGCGGCAAGGCGGCGGCAGCGCACCCAGCCCGCUCCCCGGCUCGGCUCGGCACGAUGGAGACGGGCGGGUGCCGCAUGGGCGGCGCGGAGCCGGGCGCCCCGGCGAUGAUCACGCUGGAGGACCUGGACGGGAUGGCGGAGGACAGCCCCGACUCGGCGUACCACAGCAACGGCAGCAGCCUGGAGGAGGAGGCCGAGCGCAUGGAGGACGAGGAGCAGGAGCGGCUGCUGAGCUACUGGCAGAGCGUGGGCAGGGGGCACCAGGUGGACGUGCCCCGGGAGAUGGCAGAGCCAAUUCAGCAGCUGACCAGAAAUAACAAUCCCCAGGAGAGACAGACCAUCCCAUUUACUCUGAUCCAGCGCAAAGAAAAGCUUGGAGAUCUGCUUUACGAAAAACGUCAGUAUGGAAAAGCCAAGUGGGCUUGUAUAAAAAUGAAAGAAAAACAGUAUGAACAGAGCAUAUGCCUUGGAUUCAUGAAGCUUAUGAGGUACAUUUGUGAGCAGAAUUCCUCAGGACUGUACUUGGGGAUAACAAUACCCAUUGUGACCAUAGUCCAUACAAACGAAUCUCAAUCGGAGAUGACACAGUCAGUGACAGUAGCAUACUACCUGCCUGAAGUGCUGCAGGACGAGCCACCUCAUCCUUUUGAUUCUGACAUAAUAAUUGAAGAAUGGCCUUCUACUAUUGUGUAUAGUAGGAGCUUCAGAGGAAUCACCAAUGAAGACUCUAUAAUGAGAGAAAUAAACCUGUUGGCGGAAAUUCUGGAGAGUCCCGAGUUAUGUUUGCAGGACACGUUCAUCAUUGCAGGAUACACAAAUCCAGCUGCUGCCAAUCGACACAAUGAGAUAUGGUUCCUUCAAAGACCAUAGCCUCUCAUUUCUGAUGCUUGUCAGUCACAAGAAUCAGUUCUGAUUUACUGGCAGAAUCUUACAGGUGAAUCACAUGAGACUAGAUGUCAAACCCUCAAAGAUUUUAGAAAUGUGGCUUUUAGUCAGUUUAGCAAGGCAAUCACUCCACCUUAAUAAUCAAUGGUAACACCUGAAACAUACACCUAUGUCAACUUUCCUAUGUCAACGUCACAGUUUUUACACAAUUUUAUGGAGAUUUUUAGCACUUUAAAGGUUAGUUCACCUUAUCUUUUUUUACAAGAUAAGGGAGACAGAGACCUCUCUCCUCAUCCACUUAUUAGCAUCUCUAGACUGCUUGUGGCUUGGGACGGUCCUAGGGGAGAUCCUGGAGCCCAUGGCCUGGCCUGCUCUGGGUACCUAGUGCUGCACCAGGACACAAAGUCCCUCUUGGGGCUUUCAGUGGGACACACAUUAAAAGCACCUCACACAUGCAGGCUAUGCUUCAGAAAAAGAAUGCUCGGGCCUUAAUUUCUGAAGAAAACUACCAGAUGUAGACCACUGAGAUUAAACCAAUGAGUAAGAGUAGGCCAACACUGACUACUUUUAAUGUCGUCAUCUGUGGCGCAAAGAUUCUUAAUGCUUACCUCAAAAAGCGUUCAACCAAAGUACUUUUAACCUUGAGAAGAGACCAAGGUGGCAGAACAGUCCCAAUGGUGAUUAAAGUUUUGAUAGCAAAAGUUAUAGGUUACCUUAAUCACACACUCAUAGUAAUCCCAUGACUAUAUUCGGCAUUCCUAAAUAGAAAGUGGUUAUUCUUAACUCUUCAGUUUUCUGGACACUUUCUUCUUACAACUUUGCUGAAUGUUAAAACACCGCAGCUGAAGUAAUUUGUUCGGUACUUUUCACACUCUUCUGGCAGUACCACACUAUUAAUGUUCUAAAUGAUACAAAUAUUUCACAGAAUCACAGAAAAAAAUUCACCCAGAAGUGACCUCUGGCAGUCACCUGGUCCAGCUCUCCGCUGCACUGCUGGCAGAGCAGGCUGCUCAGGGCCUCACACAGUCGGAUUUUGAACAUCUCCAGGGAUGAGGAGCCCGUAACCCUUCUGGGCCCUGUUCCAGUAUUUGACCACCCUCACUGUGAGAAUUUUUCUUCCCAAUAUCUAAUUUUCCGUAUUGCAGCUUGUUUCUUUUAUGCUUCAUCCAUAUCAUAAUUCUUCAAGUAGACAACUGCUAGUCUAGCACACUGUGAUUGAAAGACAAGCUCACAUAGUUCUACAGGCAUCAGAAGGUCUGAAAGCAGCGUUCAUGCUUUGCUGUUUACUACAGUUAAAGAGCACCUACUGCACUUUAGAAUCGGGGUAGCAAACAGUUUUGCUCUCAGAAAUCCCUUCUUAAUAUGUCCCGUUACAGACCUGAUGGUAGAGUUUAAUCUUAAUAGAAGUAAAUGUCUUUUUAUAUAAAAUUUCAUUAAGUACAUCACCAGCGUUAUUUAUUGAUUACAGGGUUUAGGCUUUAAAUAGAGCUUUUGUGUUCUUCAGUUCAGUUACAGCAUACUAAACGGCAACCAGAGCCCGUGUCGGCUAGCUUACAGUAGAGUUAACUGGCAAACAAAAUGGAUUUAUGUUGUACUUCUGACUGAAUAAACGAACAGGUCUUGAGAGCUUUAAGGCUCCCGGUUCCACACGGUGCUCUGCUGCACCACACUGACUGCAGGCUUAACCCGAAAGCCCCGGCUGAGCAGCAAGGUCAGAGUGCCGGCUGGCCCGGCCGAGCGUGCUCACGCGUGGGCAAGGCGCCUUCUGGUGGCUGCUGCCCGCAGAGACCCCUCGGGGAGACAGCAGGGCGAAGGGGGGAAAAAAACCCAAAACAACAACAA